AUGGCAGGAAAUGGAGUGGUCAUCAGUCUCCUGGGAUGCUGUAUGCGCAGGAAUGCCAUCUCAGUCUACAUCCUCAACCUGGCUUCAUCUGACUUCCUUUUCCUUUGCUGCCAUUUUAUUAACUCCCUGAUUUUCCUGUGCUUGGAUUGCUUUUAUAUAUCUCAUCCUGAUACCUUUGUCAACAUUGCAACUACUCCAUACAUCACAGGAUUGAGCAUCCUCAGUGCUAUUAGCAUAGAGCGUUGCCUCUGUAUCCUAUCACCUACCUGGUACCACUGCUGCCGUCCAAGAUGUAUGUCAGUUGUUGUGUGUACUCUACUUUGGACCCUAUCUCUGGUUCUUAGCAUCCUAGAAUGGUACUACUCUGGUUUUCUAUAUGAGAUUUCUGCUACUAUUACCUGGAAAAAUAUUGAUUUUAUCAUAAUUGCAUGGAUGACUUUUCUAUUUCUAACUCUAUUUGUGUGCAGCCUAUCCAUGGCAAUAAGAAUCUUCUGUGGUUCCCAACGGCUUCCACUAACCAGGCUGUACGUGACCAUUCUUUUCACAGUCCUAGUCUUCCUUUUCUGUGGCCUGCCCUUUGGCAUUUCCUGGUUUCUAUUAUUCUGGCUCCCAGUCCCCCUUUAUAGCUUCCUUUGUCGUCCUCAUUCUGUCACAAUUCUCCUGUCCUGUAUUAACAGCUGUGCCAACCCCAUUAUCUACUUCUUAAUUGGAUCCUUUAGGCAGAAACAUCAGACUCUCAAAGUGGUUCUUCAGAGGGCUCUUCAGGAUUCCUCUUAA